AUGACUCUGGUUUGGGUAACACUCGUUUUUCUUCUUCACCAAGGAGACAUGCUGGAUCAAGUGACCACAGUUCAACUUGGUGAACCUGUAACUUUGACAUGUGUUUUACCUCCUGGUGAUUUAAGCAGUAAAAUUCACUGGUACAAGCAGAGAGCAGGGGAAGCUCUGAAACUGAUUGCGACACUGCGGCAAACUGCACAUCCUCAGUAUGGACAAGGGUUUAAUGCCUCAAGAUUGGAAGUAAAAGACAAUAAAAACAUGAGCAGUCUGACCAUAUUCAGGACAAUCCCAGAAGAUGAAGGAAUGUAUCACUGUGCAGUCAUGGAAUGGGAUGUGAAUGCUUGGAGUGGGACAUAUUUGUUAUUAAAAGGAAACACCCAGAGAAUGUCAAACUACACUUUUGUUAAGGAGAAAGUCCAUCCAGGAGACUCUGUGACUCUUCAGUGUUCAGUCCUCUCCAGCUCUAACAGAAAGACAUGUCCAGGAGGUCACAGUGUGUUCUGGUUCAGGGAAGCAAAUACAUCUCAUCCUAGCAUCAUCUACACCGAUGGAAACAGACAUCAUGAAUGUGAGAAAAGAUCUGAGACUGAGCAGAGUUGUGUUUAUCACUUCUCUAAGAACGUCAGCUCCUCUGAUUCUGGGACUUACUACUGUGCUGUGGCCACAUGUGGAGAAAUGUUAUUUGGAAAUGCAACUAAACAACAAAUGGAGCAAGCAGCAGGUUUGGAGUUCAUUGCUCUGAUGAUAGCAAUAAUCUGCUUGAUAAUUUCUGUGAUUCUCAACAUUAUUUUCAUCUGCUGCCGAACUCCAAGAGCAGCAUGUAAACAAUUUCAAAGUGCUCCUCCAUGA